UCCAAGGAAGAGGGAUGGUGGAUCGUUGUAGGAAGCACAAGUACUUGGGAGCUCUUCGCCAUGAGGCGCGUGAGCAUCAAAGACAAGCGUCUCAGCACAAGCGUUGCAGUGCCAAGAGUUCCUGCGGGAACACAGGAGAUAGCGCUGUUCCUCGUCUCAGAUUGCUACGUUGGCCUCGAUCAAACUCAUACCAUCCCGGUUUAGUCCAAUCUCUCUUUCGUGCUUUCAUUCCACACGAACCAAGUGCUAGAAAUCAGCGCAAAUGGCGAUCCCUGCGCGGACGAGUUUGGCGUUCUGACCCGAUCCGAUGCAACUGGGAUCGAUCGAUCGAACGACGAUCGACGAGAAGAUGGUCUCAAUAGUAUAACACCAAGCUCUUCAAUCUGCUCGUCCGCCUCAUAUGAAUCAAGUUCUUUUGUUCUUUCGCCAUUACGUUUUAAGCUUGUUGUUUCUACUAA